AUGGGAUUUGUGGACGUGAGGAUGCGGGGACUUGGGGACACGGGGGAUCUGGUGACACAGGCGGCACAUCCGGGGCGCAGCACAACCGCGCCGGCACGGCGCCGCUUCCGUGCGGCGGGGACGGAGCUUCCUCCGGGAAACCGCAGCCGGCGGGCACCGCGGGUGGGGUCCCCGGGGAUCCACCCACGGUACAGCCCGGUGCAGAGUGUGGGGUCCCCGGGGAUCCACCCACGGUACAGCCCGGUGCAGAGUGUGGGGUCCCCGGGGAUCCACCCACGGUACAGCCCGGUGCAGAGUGUGGGGUCCCCGGGGAUCCACCCACGGUACAGCCCGGUGCAGAGUGUGGGGUCCCCGGGGAUCCACCCACGGUACAGCCCGGUGCAGAGUGUGGGGUCCCCGGGGAUCCACCCACGGUACAGCCCGGUGCAGAGUGUGGGGUCCCCGGGGAUCCACCCACGGUACAGCCCGGUGCAGAGUGUGGGGUCCCCGGGGAUCCACCCACGGUACAGCCCGGUGCAGAGUGUGGGGUCCCCGGGGAUCCACCCACGGUACAGCCCGGUGCAGAGUGUGGGGUCCCCGGGGAUCCACCCACGGUACAGCCCGGUGCAGAGUGUGGGGUCCCCGGGGAUCCACCCACGGUACAGCCCGGUGCAGAGUGUGGGGUCCCCGGGGAUCCACCCACGGUACAGCCCGGUGCAGAGUGUGGGGUCCCCGGGGAUCCACCCACGGUACAGCCCGGUGCAGAGUGUGGGGUCCCCGGGGAUCCACCCACGGUACAGCCCGGUGCAGAGUGUGGGGUCCCCGGGGAUCCACCCACGGUACAGCCCGGUGCAGAGUGUGGGGUCCCCGGGGAUCCACCCACGGUACAGCCCGGUGCAGAGUGUGGGGUCCCCGGGGAUCCACCCACGGUACAGCCCGGUGCAGAGUGUGGGGUCCCCGGGGAUCCACCCACGGUACAGCCCGGUGCAGAGUGUGGGGUCCCCGGGGAUCCACCCACGGUACAGCCCGGUGCAGAGUGUGGGGUCCCCGGGGAUCCACCCACGGUACAGCCCGGUGCAGAGUGUGGGGUCCCCGGGGAUCCACCCACGGUACAGCCCGGUGCAGAGUGUGGGGUCCCCGGGGAUCCACCCACGGUACAGCCCGGUGCAGAGUGUGGGGUCCCCGGGGAUCCACCCACGGUACAGCCCGGUGCAGAGUGUGGGGUCCCCGGGGAUCCACCCACGGUACAGCCCGGUGCAGAGUGUGGGGUCCCCGGGGAUCCACCCACGGUACAGCCCGGUGCAGAGUGUGGGGUCCCCGGGGAUCCACCCACGGUACAGCCCGGUGCAGAGUGUGGGGUCCCCGGGGAUCCACCCACGGUACAGCCCGGUGCAGAGUGUGGGGUCCCCGGGGAUCCACCCACGGUACAGCCCGGUGCAGAGUGUGGGGUCCCCGGGGAUCCACCCACGGUACAGCCCGGUGCAGAGUGUGGGGUCCCCGGGGAUCCACCCACGGUACAGCCCGGUGCAGAGUGUGGGGUCCCCGGGGAUCCACCCACGGUACAGCCCGGUGCAGAGUGUGGGGUCCCCGGGGAUCCACCCACGGUACAGCCCGGUGCAGAGUGUGGGGUCCCCGGGGAUCCACCCACGGUACAGCCCGGUGCAGAGUGUGGGGACCCCGGGGAGCCACUCACAGCCCGGCGCCGAGCGUGGGGACCCCGGGGAGCCACCCACGGCACGCUGCAGAGUGUGGGGUCCCCGGGGAGCCCCCCAGGACAGGGAGCCCAGGGACCCCACGCUCUCUCGCACCCGGCUCCCCGCCAGCCCCCGGGAGCGGGGCGAUCCCGCUGCUGGAGCUGCCGCCAGCAGUGUCCCCAAACGACACAGGGUCGGUCCCCCGGGUGCUGCUCCCCGGGAUGGGGGGGCACGAAGGAGGAGCCACUGCGAUGCCGGGAAGCCCAAGGCUGUUGGUGAAGUCUGGGAGGAGCAGCGGAGGCCCGGCCUCGCUGGGUGCCUCGGGGUGACCCCUGGGGGCCAGGGCAGGGGGGUGUUGCUGAACCCCCCAACACGGAGAGGGGACUCCCAGAACCUCUCUGCCAACCCUCCAGGGUCCUGA